GAGCAGUAGAGGCAAUCCUGGGGUUGGAAUUGUGCCCCAUUACCAUAACAUACACGCCAGGAGUGGAUUGGUUCUGGCAAGCUCCAGGUGUAUUAGUUCAUUAGAACCUACCCACCUGUACCAAUACUGUUUCAUUUCUUCUAAUAUUUCACAUACUACCCUGACAUGCUUUCUGCGGUACCUUCACCCUGGCUUUGAGAGGACUGGGAUAUAGAGGGCGGCAGCUUCUCAUUACUACUCAUGGAAUGGCACCUUCCUCUCCCCCCCCCCCCCUUUCCAAGUGUGCUGUUUCAUCACACAAGGCGUCACCCUGUUGGAUCAGAUGGAACUGAUGGCGACAGAUCUUGAGGGUGGUUCAGAUUCGUUACAUCUGCCAGGCCAACCAGAUUCCUCUACCCAGGGCAAAAGCAAUGGAGAUGCGGUGACAGACAUAGGCUGUGGGGACCCACAACAACUAAUUGGACCCUUUGGGGAAUUCACUAGUAUAAACUACCCAAGCAGCUAUGACAAUGGUAAAAGCUGCUCCUGGCAAAUAACAGUGGAUCCAGACAAGGUUAUCCAGUUUUGGUUUGAAGAGUUCUCGCUGGAGGAUACCAGCCUGUGUACCGGAGAUUCCGUCACUGUAAGGGACAACCUCGGACUUCUGGGAAAGUUUUGCGGACACGCAAAACCCAAGACAUUCUUUUCAUUGGGGAACACCUUGUUGGUGCACUUUGUGAGCAAUGACAAGCGGACUGACAUCGGGUUCAAGGCCAUGUACAAGGCUAUGAAUCCAGACAAGGUCACUGAAAUAGUUGAUGCCGGUGGCCAUUUGCAAGGUGACCGUGGAGAUCUACUUAGUCCUGGCUUUCCAGAAAUGAACUAUGAAAAUGAUGUCCUGUAUCAGUGGAAGAUCACUGUGCCUGCAGGGGAACAGAUUAAGCUGGCAUUCUCUUUUUUUGAUCUGGUGCCGGCAGGCUGCAGUGACUAUGUGGACGUGUUUGAUGGACAUCUUGCUGGCUCUCAGUGUUUGGGUCACUUCUGUGGUGGUCAUGUUCCUUCACCACUGGUGUCUACUGGCAAUACCUUGGUGUUUCGAUUCAAAUCCGAUUCCCAAAACACCUCAAAGGGCUUCAAUGCAACCUACACUGCAUACAGACCUCAGGCAAGCACCACUCCAGGAGCUGCUUCCACUAAACCCACUACAACUGGAACAACAACAACCACGACAGCAAAGCCCAUAAGUACACCACCGCCCCCUGUUGACUCUGGCUGUGACAGCAAUGGUGUUCUGUAUAGCCGCAAGGGAACCAUCCAUUCCAAGCACUACCCAGAAUCCUACCCUGCAGACCUGCACUGUACCUGGAACAUCACUGUCCCCCUGGGACUCCUUGUUAAAUUAACAGUUGUGGACUUGGCCAUUGUGGGGGAUCCGGGUCAAUGCAGCAGAGACAAACUUGAAGUAUCAGACAGCUUGGAGCUACUAGAUUCUUAUUGUGGAUUCGUUCUGCCUCCGGUGGUUGUCAGCUCCAGCAACAGACUCUUCCUGAGGUUUCAGUCAGAUGGACGCUUGGCUGACCAUGGAUUCAGCGCAAAAUGGGAGGCAGUAUAUCCGGAGGAUACUGAAGAAAUCCAGGGAUGUGGCGGCACCUUCCACGAGGAGGUGGGUGUGAUCAAGUCCAAGAACUGGCCCAAGAACUACCAGGGAAACAGCUUGUGCUUGUGGACUGUCGAGGUACCUGCAGGGAAAAGGAUUACGGUGAAUUUCACCCAUUUUGAGGUGGAGGAGCCAGCCCCAUUUACCAAGAAAUGCUUUGAUAACCUGGUCAUUUACGAUGAGGCAGCAGGUAUCGCAGAGAAGUAUGGUCCAUAUUGUGGAACUAAACUCCCACCAGCAAUUACAUCCAAGGGAAACAAGUUGGUGAUGCGCUUUAAUGCAGAUUUCUUCACUGAAGCACAAGGAUUUCGAGCCUACUGGACAACAGAUCCCACAGUACCACCUCCUACAGAGGUCCCACCACAGCCGAACCCCUGGGAUAACAUUCCAAUCGACUGGCCAACAAAUUGUGGAAAGCCCACCAUUCCACCUCAGAUCAAUACACGUAUUGUAAAUGGAGAGCCUGCUAAACCAAACUCUUGGCCUUGGCAAGUUUCCAUGCAGGUGUGGCCAGCAAGUCGCAAUGAGACUGUUUUCUUCCAUACUUGUGGUGGAACUGCCAUUCAUAAGAACUGGGUCCUCACAGCAGCACAUUGUUUCAUCAACUAUGCCAACGAGCUCCACCGCUGGCAGAUAUGCCUGGGCAAACACAACCUGACUUAUGAAGAGCCCGGUGAGCAGUGCUUCGCUGUGCUGGGGAUCUAUCGGCACGAGAGCUUCCAGUACCCACAGGUGCCCUCAGUGGAGUUCGAUAUUGCUCUGGUCAGGCUGGAUGGAGAGGUGACAGCCAACCCCCACAUCGACUUCGCCUGCCUUCCGCCCGCAGAGGAGCUGCAGCCCCCAGGCAAGAAGUGCUAUGCAACAGGCUGGGGGGAUGAGACAGGUAACUCACAAGCGCCAAAAGUUGCAGAGUCCCUCAAUCAAGUUGCCCUCCCAAUCGUUCCCUACGAGACAUGCAAAAGGAUUGACUACUGGUGGUUCCAAGUGAAAACGUCCAUGAUUUGUGGUGGCUAUACUCGUCCCGAUGAGUUGAAGUCAGUUUGCCAGGGAGACUCUGGAGGGCCCCUUGUUUGCCAGUCCACAAUCAAUAACUCCCUGUGGGAGGUUCAUGGCAUUACCAGCUUCGGCCCCAUGGGCUGCACUAUGGACAAGAAGCCCAGUGUCUUCACUCGCACCUCUGCAUACAUCCCUUGGAUAGAACAAGUUAUCAAGAAGAACAUCUAUGACUUAAACACCUCUGGCUGUGGUGGUGCAAAGGAACUGUUGGGCACAGGAGGAGCGUUUUCCUCCAUGCGAUAUCCGCUCAGCUACAGGAACAACGGCAUCUGUGUGUGGAACUUGAGAGCCCCAGCAGGGAAGGUUGUCCACCUGCAUUUUCAGAGCUUCUCUCUGGAAGACAGCUUGAACUGUGUCAACGACCAAGUCACCGUCUCAGAUGAAAUAAGCAACAUAGGGAUCCACUGCAGUAACACAACACCUUCAGAUCUAGUAAGCAUCAGCAACACUAUGACAGUCCAGUUUACCUCGAACGCCAAGACUGUGGAUAUCGGCUUCUUGGCUACGUGGAAAGCAAUAGAUCCGCCGGUUGUUCCCAGUAUUGCUGGCUGUGGAGGUCAUUUUACCAGUGAACAAGGAGAGUUUCUGUCACCAGGCUGGCCCAAUGGCACCUACCCCCCACAGAAGCUCUGUACAUGGCACUUUACAGUCGGACCUAGCAAGACAAUUCACAUAAAGUUCACACACUUUGAGCUUCAUGGUGUAAACCUGUUUGGUAACUGUGUGGAUUAUGUGGAUGUGUAUGAUGGAGACCAUGCAAAUGCUACUAAGUUAGGUCGGUUUUGUGGACUUUUGGCCCCACCUGUACUGACGACAACAGGAAACAAAGUGGUGAUUCGAUUCUACAGUGGCAGUGAAUUUGUGGAGAAAGGUUUCCGUGGAUACUGGACAACUGAUCCUUUUGUUUUUCCAACCUUGCCACCCAAACCCUCUAAUCCCUGGGACAAUGUUUCUAUCAACUGGCCCUCAAACUGUGGCACUCCCGCUAUUCCACCGCAUACACAAGUUGCAAGAGUAGUGAACGGUGAAGAGGCAAUUCCCCAUUCAUGGCCCUGGCAAGUAUCAAUGCAGGCUCGAUUCAUAGAGGUUGUACCAUUCCAGCAUUCGUGUGGAGGCACUCUCAUUCAUGAAGAAUGGGUCCUUACAGCUGCUCACUGUUUUCAGCAGUUGUCAAGACCCAACAAUUGGCAAAUGUGCCUUGGCAAGCACAACAUGACUUUUUUGGAGCCCACUGAGCAGUGCUCUGGCAUAGAUGCCAUCAUUAUCCAUGAGGGUUUCCGGUAUCCAGAGGGAAAUGAUAUUUCUAAUGACAUUGCUUUGAUUCACUUGAAACAAAAAAUCAACAUGACCAGAGAAAUCAGCCCUGCAUGCCUACCAAGCUCUACUGAUAUACUGCCCAAAGGAAAGUUCUGCUAUGUGACCGGGUGGGGGGAUGAUAAGAGUUCAGCCUUACCAGUUGUUGCAAAGAAAUUAAAUCAGGCCCCAUUGCCCAUCGUUCCUUAUGAAACCUGUAGCAAACCUAUGUACUGGUGGAACCAGGUUAGACCCUCCAUGAUCUGUGCUGGGUUUGAGACCCCUGAUGAACUCAAGUCUGCCUGUCAGGGUGAUUCUGGGGGACCUCUUGUCUGCCAAUCAGAGAGUAAUAAAGCUGUCUGGAAGGUCCAUGGAGUUGUCAGUUUCGGGCCGCGUGGGUGCGUGGUGGACAAAAAACCCUCUGUUUUUACCAGAGUGUCAGCCUUUAUAGACUGGACUGAAGACAUCAUUAGGAAAUUCAUUCAUGAAAAGAACACUCCUUGAAAUUAUGAUGUAAAUCUCCCUGUGCUUUAAAUUAAUGAAUAUGUCAAAUGUUUUUUGACUGCUUGAAGAUCUAGAUAGUGUAUUAAAGAUCAAUAAAACAUGAUGAAGAAUUGCUGUGAAAUGUUCCUGUGAGUUCCCUACUUGGUGUGGGCAUUGCCUUUUCAUUGCUGUUUUAUGUGGUAUUAGGAACUAUUGUGCAUGAAAGAUGAACUAAUUUUCAUGUACAAAAUAAAUACGAAAUAAAUUCUGUGAUCUAGGGGCCAAAUCUGUUGCUUUUCUUCUAUGAGCAUAGUGUGGUAAUUAUAUGAGCUUUAUGUUAGAAGUCAAGAGAAGGGAGUCAUUUUCAAAUAAUAGACAUUAGUCAUUUAGCUGUCUAUGUAAAUUACUUUUGCAUAUUACAAUGUAUAUUACAAUGUAUGCAGAUCAAUGGGAGUGAUGCGUUUCAUCUAGGUUUUAGACAUUGCGACUCAAAGUGCAGUGCCCGCCUCUCCCGCUGAAGAAGGACAGGGAGCUGACAGACCCACUACAGUCAAAAUAAAAGUGUCAGAUGAGAAAGGCGAAUGCUCUGCUCAAAAGGUAGCCAGAUGCAGCCUCAGAAAAACAAAAUAAAUAUGGAAUUUGUUUUUCAUUUAGUAAUGACUCUCUUAAUUGAGACGACUUUGUUUUGUUAUUAGAUAAAUAUCUCACCUUUUCAUUUAUGAUAUUCUCCAUGUAUUUAAAAAGCAUCAGGCCUUGCAUUGGCACACUAUUGAAUUUUUAAAGUACAGUAUUUUUUUUCCCCAUGCAAAAGGUACAGAGAAAAUAAAUGUGUUAUAGUGCAACUUAAUUUGAAUGAAAACUUUUUGGUAUGCUGAACCCCGUAGCAAUACAUAAAUACUGCUUGAUAAUUUACUUAAAACCUUUUGAAUGUCUGUUAUUGCUCAGACUUUGCUUGAGGACAUUUUCAUGCUUCUUGAUCACAUUAUCAACAUGGUACUGUUCUGAUUUUUCCACGUUUAUUUCUUGUAGUAAAAACAUGAAUGUAAUUUUGGGUAAACUCCAAAAAUGAAUGUGAUGAAGUGCUGAGAAAACACAGAAAAUGCGAAUUUGGGGAACAUAAAUUAACGUAUAAUCCCUUAUGACAAGAAUUCUAUGGUUUUACUACUAGGAAUCUUAUAGUAAAAUUUAGUUAAUUGGGACAUACUAUAGUAUAGAGAAAUACUAUAAAAUUCUAUAGUAAAUAUUAUACAACACUACAGAACGAAGUAGUACAAACAAAAAUACUAUACAAAUACUAUAGGAUAUUAUAGGAAUGCUAUAAGUCACUAUAGAAAUCCUAUAGGAUUUUAUAGUAAUACUAUAGAUUUUUUUUCCUAAGGGAUGAACUAUGUACACACGAACCUAAUUAUUUUUCAGCAAUCAAUACAUGAUUCUGACUUGAUAUUUGUUUAAGAUAAAUGUAAAUAAUGUUCACAAACAUUACAACCAUUACAAUACACCUGUCUCUCUCUUGUCAACUCUCAUCUCUUUCCACGCUCAGCUUUCCACUGUGUUCUUGCAAAUGACAGCAGCAGGCACCUUUCUGUAGACGUGCUCUACACGCCAUUGGAGCAGGUCUAACUUUAGAUGCCUAAAUGACUGUUUAGAUAGUCUAAAUGUUUGAAAAUCACAUGUGAAUAUGGUAAUGAGCUAAAACCUGACUAGACAUCGCUAGACGGGGCAGGGCAUCUAAGGACAUGAAUGUGGGAAUUUAGAUGCUUUGGAAAAUCGCUCUUACACUAGACCCCCGUCCAAAUGUCUAAAAAGCUGAGUUACACCUGUAUAAAGUCCUUAGGUGCCUUUGAAAAUCUACCCCCUAAUGGCUAAUCUGAAACUUAGAAAAUAUAUUGCUGCCUCUAUUGUAUAUUGCAUUUUACAAUGUUUAUGAUUAUAUAUGAGUAAAGACAUAUCUGUCUUCCAUUGAGUUAAAUGGGAGGUACUUUGUAAAUGACCCCCUCAGCCUAAUCAGCUGAGCCACCAUCUUCUCCAACUCACUCAAUACAUAUUGUGUGCGAUAUUUUGUGUCGACUGAAUGACGUGAGGAUUAAA